UUUUUUUGUGAUUAGCAGCUGGAUCCACAGAAUAAAUGGAGAAAUGUACUGAGGGCAAACAAGCACAUUAUAUCCAUGACAGAAGAGAGAGAGAGAGCUUCGGUCCCGAAUGACUCCCAUCCAAAACCAUGGGCAUUGUGGUGUCCAGAGCUGAUAAAUGUCGUUUGGUUCGCUCCACUGGUUUGCGGGGCUCUCUGCAGGUUCAGAACAGCGCCUCCUGUAGGGAGAUGAAUGGAACACUUAAACUCUCUCAAAUUAACGUCUUUGAUUCAUCUCAGAACAACACUGAAGAAAUUCUGAUUCCUGCACUUCCAGAAAGGGCAAAUAUAGAAAGAGGUUAUGUGACCCCACAGCAGGUGUACAACCUCCUGAAUGCUGAAGCGGGCCAACCUUCACUGCAUGAUCCCUAUUAUAUACUUAUACUGGACUGCCGCUCUGCAGAGAGAUAUAAGCAGAGUCACCUGGUGACUGCCCGUGCCAGUGUGACAGUGAUGCAUCCAGAACUGGGCUGUUUGAUAAGCUGUGUUCAGCUGCAGGAGUUCUCCAUAAUACUGCUAUAUGCUGAAGAAGGCCAAAGUCCAGUUGGGAGUCAGGAGGCACGUGCUGAUUCUCCUACUCUCCAGCACUGUUUCUUCCAGCUGAGUGCUUUGGGAAUGGACCCUGUAAUCCUCCAGGGGGGCUAUUCUGCUUUUCACUCUCUCUACCCCUUCCUGUGCACCCCUCGCAUGGUCCUACUGGAAUCAGAGCGUCGCUCCCUCACCAUCUAUCCUUCUGAAGUCCUGGAGGGGGCGCUGUACCAGGGCUCUGCCUCACAGGCACAUGACUACCGUAUCAUCAAAAACCUCCACAUCACACAUGUGGUCAAUGCCACAGCCGAAAUCUCUGAUGCCUUCCCGAGUGUUUUACGUUAUCUUCGGCUACGGCUAAGUGAUGACGCGCAGCAGGAUCUCCGGCAGGCCCUUCCAGAAGCUUCUCGGUUCAUCGCCAAAGCUUUGCGGGGGGCACCGGGGGCACCAGGCGGCCGGGUGUUGGUGCACUGCAGCCUCGGUCGGAGUCGUAGCUCGGUGCUGACGUUAGGAUUCCUGAUGGAGCAUCGCCGUUGGUCUCUGCUACAUGCUUUUCGUUGGUUGAAGGAAAGACGAGCUUGCGCUGCCCCAAACGCUGGCUUUCUUCAGCAACUCUCUGACUACGAGGAACUGCUGUUUGGCCAACGCCUCACCUCGCUGGAUGACAUCCGUCUUUGAGAGAUACUU